UAGUAGCGAAAGGAUGAACAACAGUUGUUUUUGGGGACAGUCUUUAUGGCGGUCUCGUGGAGACGGAUCCCCGCACGUUUGCGCUCGUGACGCGAUAAGCGCGCGACUGUCAGCUCGCACGUGAGCAGCAAUCAUCAUGGCUGUGGUGUGUUCAAAGGCGGACUGGUUUGUUUCGAGCUGUGCUGCUACUUUAGUUGCUGUAAACCUUAAAGAGUCUAGAGAGCCGUUUGUGUUCGACUGUGCCAAAGCUGAGAAGAAACCGAAGGAAGCCGAUGGUGAUAAAACAAGUGCUGGGGACGGAUCAGAGGAGAAGGACAGUGGCAGUGACCGGAUUCUUGCGUUUGCCGUCUCAGCGUCUGGGAAGCAUGCAGCGCUCACCGAUGACCACAAACGUCUUGUCCUCUUCCGUACCGAGCCGUCGUGGCAGUGCAUCAGUACACGGUGGGUUGUGAGGAGAUGCACGUCUCUUGUUUUCACUCAGGCUGAGGAUGAAGUCUUUGCGGCUGAUAAGUCUGGAGACGUGUAUUCGUUCUCUGUUCUGGAGCCAGAAGAACCGGGAGAGCUGAAGCUGGGACAUCUCUCCAUGCUGUUAGAUGUGACUCUUUCUCCUGAUGAUAAAUACAUCAUUACAGCCGACCGAGAUGAGAAGAUCAGAGUGAGUUUCCGGCGGUCACCCUACAACAUUCAGGCUUUCUGUCUAGAGCACAGAGAGUUUGUCAGUGCAUUGCUCGUGCCCGUGGGGCGUCCUGACUGGCUUCUCUCUGGUUCGGGGGAUGGCACGAUGAAGGUCUGGCAUUAUGAGAGUGGCCGGCGGUUACACAGUGUUGACCUGAGGCAGUUUACCCUCCACUCUGAAGACACGGACGCAGAAAAGAGGUUUGCUGUCAGCAGGAUCCUCAGCUCGCCGGAUGGAAAACACAUAGCUGUCCAGUGUGAGAGAUUCCCCUCAGUUCAGCUGUUCGAGGUGGAUUCUGGGCCCGAGGGCUGUCUGAGCCCCUCCGAGGCUCUCGUUCUUCCUCAUGCUCCCUGGGACAUGACCUUUGAUUCACAGAGUCAGCUGUGGGUCUUACUGGAGACUGAAGACGUGAACGUGCUCCUGUACAGGUACUCGGAGCAGCACUGGCAGCCGCGUGACUCGGAGACUCCUGAACUGAGGAGGGUCUCCGAAGCAUUGCGAGCUCGGUGGGAUAUCUUUAAAGGAUCCGUGGGACUGGAGAGUCCAUUCAAACACUUGUAUAAAGUGAACUUCGACAACAUGGCGUCGUACUUGCAGAAGAAACAGGAAAGACUAGAUCAAGAGAGUAAGAAGAGAGCAGCAGCGAACGGCUCGAAGUCCAGCAAGAGAAGCAGAAGCGAGAGCGGCGCUGUGCCUCAGAGCACCAGCUGAGAGAUGCUUUUUUGUCUUUUUUCUCUUUUGUUAAUCGACAAUAAUUAUGACUAUUUUUAUUACUUCAGUAAAGCUCCACUUGGUUUAUUUUGUGAACAGCAAGGCGCUGUAGCUUGGUUUGGCCACUAGAGGCCGCUACAGGAACACAUCCUGGUACGAUGUCAUUAGACGACGGGAAUGAACAUGUUUUAUUACAUCAGUGCUUAAAACAUGAGAUCUGUGGCUUCAGUUGUUCUUAAAGUUAGACUUUUAUUUUUCUGAGUAAAAGUGACUAAAAAUCUGUACAUCCUGUAUAAUGUUUAUACUUUUACAAAACCAAAUAAAAACAACACCAAUGGUUCAUA